AUGGACUCUGUACUUUGCCACGGACCCUAUAAAGGCACCAGGGAGCCAGGGCUGGCCCAGCCCAGCACAGGAGGCACCAUGAGGUCCCUCAUCGUGCUGACCCUCCUGGCCCUGCUCACCUUUGGUCUCUGCCAGAGAGCUGCCGAUGGCUCCCCCAGCUCUGAAGCCUUCCUGUCCCGCCGUGCCAGCGCCGAGGUGGUGCAGAGGCAGAAGCGGAAUCUUGGUGGUGCCAGUGGUGCUCCUGCAGCCCCCCCGGACCCGCUGGAGGCCAAGCGCGAGGUGUGCGAGCUCAACCCCGACUGCGACGAGCUGGCGGACCAGAUCGGCUUCCAGGAGGCUUAUCGGCGUUACUAUGGGCUGGUGUAGCCCCAGGCACCCCUCUCGGGGCAGGGACUGAGCGCCCCUGAACCCGCAGCAGCCCCUCCUCUGCCCCCUCCCACCCCCUCUGUUAGUCCUGGAGAGA